AGCCGUGCAUACAGUGGGGAAGUAAAGGCACUUCCUUCUUCCUACCACAGCGGCUGCACACUGAGGCCAGUCACUCUAAUAGGAAGCCUGAUGUUCGUGGCUAUGGGGAUCCUGAAGCUUGGCAGCGGCUGUUUCAACUGACUUCUCUCGCUUUUCCUACUGGGGAUUUGACAGCGACGGCCAAUGUCACCGGGUUCAGGCAGGAAAACCAUUCAGCCGUAGUGUAGUAGAAAUAAAAGUAGUCACAGAGCGCAGCCCCCCCUUUUUUUCUGCCACAAUGGCAGCGACGUAGCGCAACUUUUGGAUCCGCGGUGGAUGAACGACAGCGCCCGGAGGUGCAGCGAACUUUUACAGACUUGCAGGAAAACACGGAGGAGAUCAGAAACAUGAAGAAACAGUUCAAUCGCAUGAGGCAACUUGCCAACCAGACUGUCGGGAGGGCUGAGAAAACUGAGGUGCUGAGUGAUGACCUCCUACAGAUCGAGAGGCGGAUGGAGUUGGUGCGUUUGGUGUCGCACAACACGCACAAGAGGCUGGUGUCCUGUCUGCAGGGUCAGCUCGGCACUGACAAUGAAAAGAGACAUAAAAAGCUGCCCCUGACUGCGCUGUCUCAGGCCAUGGAGGAGGGAGGUGGUCAACUGGGAGACGAGAGUCUGAUCGGCAAGAUGAUGGAUGUGUGUGGGGAGGCAGAGGGCAGGUUAGCCACUGAACUGAUGCAGCAUGAACUGCAGAUCGAGAGAGACAUCCUGGAUCCUCUUAACCAGCUGGCAGAGGUGGAGAUUCCCAAUAUACUGAAACAGAGGAAGCAGCUUGCCAAGCUGGUUCUGGACUACGACUCAGCCAGGACAAGGUGGCACCAGGCAGCAAAGUCCAGCAACCAGACCAUGGUAGCUAAGGCCGAUUCUCUCAAAGACGAGAUGGACGAGGCUCUGAAUAAAGUAGAAAUAUGCAAGGACCAGCUCUCUGCAGACAUGUACAAUUUUGCUUCCAAAGAGGGAGAGUAUGCACGCUAUUAUGUCAUGUUAUUAGAGGCCCAGGCAGAUUACCACAGGAGAUCUCUGGCAGCUCUGGAGGCAGCUAUACCAACAAUCCACAUACAGCAAGACUCGUGGAUGGAGAAGCCGGCGUUUGGUACGGCCCUGGAGGAGCACCUGAAGAGGAGUAACCGUGAGAUCGCUCUGCCUAUUGAGGCCUGUGUCAUGAUGCUGCUGGAAACUGGCAUGAAAGAGGAGGGACUCUUCAGAAUAGCUGCCGGAGCUUCAAAGCUGAAGAAGCUCAAAGCAGCGCUGGACUGUUCCACCUCGCAGCUCGAAGAAUUUUACUCUGAUCCCCACGCUGUCGCCGGAGCUCUGAAGUCCUACCUCAGGGAACUUCCUGAACCUCUAAUGACUUUUGGUCUGUACGACGAGUGGAUACAGGCCUCCAAUGUGUCAGACCCUGAUAAGAGGCUUCAGGCCCUGUGGGUGACAUGUGACCGUUUGCCAAAGACUCACAAAGCCAACCUCAGGUAUCUGGUGAAGUUUCUUGCUAAACUGGCUCAGGACAGUGAGAUUAAUAAAAUGACUCCCAGCAACAUUGCCAUAGUCCUGGGACCCAACCUGCUCUGGGCAAAGACAGAGGGGACACUGGCGGAGAUGGCAGCAGCUACAUCUGUCCAUGUGGUCGCCAUCAUUGAGCCCAUUAUCCAGCAUGCUGAUUGGUUCUUCCCUGAAGAUGUGGACUUCAAUGUGUCGGGCAUGUUUGCCAUGCCCACCCACCCAGCCACCCCAGACCUUGACCCUGGCCUCGAUAGGAAACGCCCUGGCAGCCUAGUGGGGCAGGAUGGGGACAGUCACACUCCCCGUAAAGACAGCACUGUUAACAAACAGCCGGAGCCCACUCCACGUAGAGCCAGCGCUGUAAAUAGAAAGCAGCCACAGCUAACCUCACCCACCUUCCAACCCCCACUGCCCCCUCUGGAAGCCGGGGGUUCUACCCAGCCUGAGCAUCAGUUCCAGGCUUCGUCCCCGGCUGCAGAGGCUGAGCAGCCUGGCUUGAGUGGAGCUGGUAGUGCUGGUGGUGGUGGUGGUCUGGGUGGUGGGGUCCAGGUAGCCACAGUGCAACCUCAGGUUGUAACCCAGCUCAGCGCAGAGGAGAGCAGCCCAGCCCGUGAACUCAUGUCCACGCCCCCUCCCCAGAGGAAUGGUUCAGUCCAUCUUACAGUAGGAACCCCCCACUCUCAGGGUGGGUCCAGGGGACCUAGUCCACACAUGGUCCGCAGAGGCACCAAGAAGCAGGCCCCAGCCCCGCCGAAGCAGGCCAGCCCCUUCGCCUCCCAGCCCAGUCUCUUCGCCUCUCAGCCCAGUAACACCCAGACAACCAGUUCCUCUCAUUACCCGCCCAUCACACCCCGACGCCACUCCAGCAAAGACGGCCCGAUCCACGCCCCGAGCCACCCGCCCCCUCAGCCUCCACAACCACACCAGGCCCCGGGGGACCCAGAGCCCUCUCCCCCCAGCACUCCCACCCCUCCUGACACUCCGCCUCAUGAUGGAAUCCAGUCCAACCCGCUGUCCCCCUAUCACUCUGGAUCUCUCCCUCGCCCCUCUAGGCCAGCUCCAAGGCCACGACCGCGACCCAGCAUGCCACCGCCCCCGCAACCUUCAGCGAAUGAUAACGGAAACGGCCUCUGCAGCUCUGCCUCCAAGAUCAUAACAGAUGGAGGCCUGGUCCUAAAGGGGAUGGGACGAGCCUUCAUCCCUGAGGUGAUUGUGGACCAACAAGGGGAGAGCUCUGCUGGUCAAGAGCCCGCCUCCACUCCAGCCCCAGCCCCAGCCCCAGCCCCAGCCCCAGCCGCAGCCCCAACACCAGACCCUAACAUUCAGACAGAGAGCACCGCUCUGUAAAAUAAGAGGGAUCGUGGUCAUCAAAAUCCUCCUUCACUCAACUGGUCCCGAUUUGAAUGUUUAGAAUCAAGUAUCAGACAGGUAACCCAAAAUGCAUCAGCUCCUCACGCUCCACUCACAUGAUGCCAGACUGCUCUCUGAGGAAAAAAAAAAACAUGGCUGCCUUUUCUUCUAUUAUACUGACUCAAAAUAAAAACCUCAUCUUAUUACAGUGUUGGUUUAAACCACAGAGCCCCUGUCCAUAGUUUUCCAUAUUAGACUUCACAUUGAACAGUUUUUGCUCUAUUUACUGCUGGGUAUUUUGAGAUUGGACUGCAGAGCCUUGCUAGACACGAGACUAAUGGGACUAUAUAACCUCAACAAUAUAGCAGCUGAACUCAAAGACUGGUGAAGCAUUCAGAGGUUUCACUUGCCUGCUGCUGCUUCUUUUUUUAAAAAAAAAUCUAGAUUCAGAGUGGAUCUGUGAAUCUUUCAAUUUGGUUUUAGCACCAGGUCUGACCACACAGACCCAACGACUUGUACCUUUUGAGUCAGCACCACAGUUGUGUGGAGCUAUACAAGUGUUAGCCAGCCACUGAUGAUCUAUUUAUCACGAAACAGAAUCACAUUCAGACAUUUCACUUUCCAAUUCGUCAAUUUCAACUGGCUAUAUGUGAUUUUUCAGCUGAGAAGGGCUUUUGAAUAAUUAUCACACACUUCAGCACCAUAAUACAAAGGACCAAAGACAUUGCUAUGAGCCAAAGGAAAUCAGAAUUAAAUUUAGAGCUGCUCAGUUUGUAUUAAGGUUGUUAAUGACCAAAUAUUUUGGCAAGAGUGCAAUAUAAAAAAGCAGUUGUCUUCCAGUAGUGUCCUCUGCACAGGACAUACUUUCAUUUCUGGCAUUUCAGGCAUUUUACUUCAUUAUAUCUAAUGAUCCAGUGGGGUAGAAUUUAAUUUUGUUUUCCAUCUGAUUUGUUUUUUUUUGUUUUUUUUUUGUUUUUUUUUGUAUUUCAACUGACUUGAUUUAUCAAGUUCAAAAUGGCUUAAAGAUUAGCUUUUAUUGUGAAAAGGGAUUUUUUUUUUUUUACCAAAUUUAUUGUAAUUAAAAGAAACUGAUUUUAUUGUUACAUAGCUUAGAAGCGAUUAUUCCCACUCACGCUCAAAGCUAUGGCCAAAUGCAGCCAAAUAAUUAACAUCUUCUUGGGUAUAAUUUUUACUGCGGCUGACAAUCUUUACAUUGUUUUGGGGUAUUUUUCAGCUCUUUGAUUACAUUUUUGUUUUUUUUAAUUUUGUUUUUCUCAGCAUUUUUAUGGUGUUUUUUCUGCACAUAAUGCCUCAUACAGUGCAUCAUUACUCUUAAUAAUAAAAGACUGUUCAACA